AUGAGUUUUAUUGUUGUUUCUAGUAAUGGUUUUAAAUUAUUAUUGUUUUUAUUAUUGUCAACAAUAGUGUGUUAUGUAAAAUCAAGCUUUAUAGAUUUGGAUAGUUUAAGUUGUUCACUAAAUAUUUGUUCUAAAUUGGGGGAACCAUGUGAAAAACAAAAUAUACUAGGUGGUUUACAAUGUUAUGUACAGGAUAGAUGUUUUAAUGGAACAUGUGUAGAAAGUUUACCAGAGGGUUCAAUAUGUAAAAAUUCAGCAGAUUGUUUAGUAGGAUAUAGUUGCUUAUCUACAAAUAGUGGUAAUGGCAAUAAUAUAAAAACAUGCCAAAAAUCAUUUUACGUAGAAUAUGGAGGUGCUUGUAAUAUAUCUUUUGAUUGUCUAAAUGGUUUGGAGUGUAUAGGUAGCAAAUGUAUCACACCAUUAACCGGAUGCCUAUCAGAUGUUCAAUGUGACAAAGAUUCAAUUUGUGAUAAUGGAGAAUGUGUAAAAUAUAAUUUAAAUGAAAAUGAAUGUUUUAUAUAUAGAACAUUAUCAUGUAAAAACAGUUUUCUCCCAUGCUCAUUAAAGUCAUUCAACCAGUCAUCAGUGGGCCAGUGCAGAGAUGUUAUCCCUGAAGGAAAUCCAUGUUUAGUAAAUAAAUACUCUUGUGAUUGGAAUGUUGGUCAAUAUUGCAAACCAUUGGAGCAAGGAUCUAUUUUAGGGGAAUGCACCAGAACGCCAAGCAAUACAUUGAACCCAUGCAAAUCGGUAAAUGAUUGUAAGGAGUAUGAGUUUUGUAAAUGUGACCCAAAAAGUGGUGUUGGUUAUUGCUUAUCCAGGGGUACCUAUAUUGGCUCAUAUUGUAGAGAGGCAGCAAAGGUUUUUAUGCAAUGCUUUGCUAAAACCAAUUGUACAGAGCCAUUUUCAAUUAACCCUCUAUCAUGUGUUUAUCAAUAUUGUAAAGAGGAAGCGUCAUGCAUGUCAUUAUAUUGCACAGAACCAAUGUUACCCAUCAGCCCAUGCGUAAAUACUCAUUGUAGUUUAUCAUUUUUUAAACCAAAUGAUUUACAUUUUUUAUCGAAAUCUCAUAAAACUGUAUCGACUGCAUUGUUUUUUUACAUAAUACCUUUUUUUCUAAUUUUUAUAUAA